UCUUGACCAUUCACUCACUAAGUGCGGUGCUCAUUAUCCUACAGCUACACAUUUCAUUGUUUCAGAUAUGGAGACAAAUACUGAACAACAGGUGACAGGACUUAGUGCUGAUACUGUCGCUUUCAGGGACGCACAUGGUGAAAUUGGCGCGACACCAUGCGCAUACACCCAGGUCCUCAUCGACCCAUUAUGCUCGCAGGAAAGGCCACCUUCAGAGGACCACCAGUUGGCUGAAGAGUCGUUUGUAUCGCAGCUACCUCCUGACCUCUCUGCUCCACUACUACAGUCGAGUGACCUGAAGGAUUCCGAACAUAAUAUAGGUAAUUUGUCUCUGCCAAUACUACUGAGGAGCAUUAACUUUACAAUGACCUAUGAUCUUCUUCGAUUCACGUCGCAGAGCCCGUGACAAAUACAUCAGCAAUGUCCGGAAUUACCGCCAACGAGGGGAUUCUUCAAACAGAUAAAACCCUGAAUGCAUCUCUCUCUCCUUUUAUAUCACGGAGAGGUACUCCGCAUGUUGAAUUGAACAGCACAAGCGACCUACAAAUUAUUCGCUUCCAGUAUAGUGUUGGGACAGUUCAAUCACCUCGCCUUCAGUCACGUGAAGUAGAUGACGAAGCGCCGUCGAACACCUCACCGGACAACGCACGGUCGUAUUCUUUGCCUCCCAGCUCCAGCCCUCCCCAGAUUUUUUCUUCGUCCCCGUUCGCAUCAUCUCAGUCGUCGCUCGUCGAAACUGGAGAUUACAAAGUUGCAGACAGGGCUAUGAGAAUGGAAUCAGACGAUCAGGAUCUCAUCAGUUCUCCGGAUGGUGUUUACCCAGAUACCUUAGAGGAAGCAUAUAACGAUCAUGAUGAUACUGACACAUAUCAACAGCGAGAAAUGCAUGAGUCCCACGAUCUCGCCGUCCAUGGCGGAAGCCCAAAAACGAACGAGGGCGCCUCCAACAUUCAGGAAGUUAAACCAUUGCCGCAGAAGCGACCCAGGCCGGAAGGAGAGAUUGGUGUCCUUGGUCUGCGUGCCAAGAACCUAUCACAAAGCCCAGAAGAUACGCGGUUGGCUAAACGCAUGGUAAAAACGCACGAUGGUAAAGCAUAUCUACCACCAGCUCCAAAGCGCGCCACCUUGGCAUUUCAGCAACGGCAGUUCCAGAAACUCAUCACUCCGUUUCGUUCACCUUUGAUGCCGAACAAGGAUGAGGGUGCGCCAUCAGGGGAACUUUUAAAGUCCAAGAGCCCUUUGUCGAUUAUUCCCGCACCACCGCCAGCUCCGAAAAUACCACUCACACCUCAGAAAAAUCGCCGUGUCCAUGUAGCUCCGUCUGUUACACCAGUUAAGACCAGAGUUCGCACUCUCAAAGCGGCGUCACAAUUCAAAUCUCCGUUAAGCAUUUCUGCUUCAACGUCGUCCGGAAGAGGAUCAUCGAUUCGACUGACACCUACAGUCCAGUCUCUAGAACGAAAAUUACAACUUCUUAAGCGCGCUGUCAAAGCGAAGGAGGACGAUGAGGAAAAUACACUCAUCAGGCUCAUCAAGAAAUGGACGGAGGCAGGCAGGGAGGUCGCAUAUGAGCUUUGGGAUUUGGUGAAAGGUUCUGCGAACAAGGGAGACGGUGUUAGUUGGGACGGGGGUAGGGGCAAGAUGGGCUCACGGGACUCGAACUGGGGUUGGGACUCCCCUGGAAUCAAACGCGAAGGCUAUCCGGAGAACGAGAUGGAUACUGCUAUGGAGAAUUCCUUGGACGAAGGCUAUACCAACAAGAUCCUUUCAGAAGAUGAUGAACAAACACGGAACACCAUGGGUACGAUGCUCCGACAGCUUGGGAUCGCUACAGAGACAUUGGGAUGGGAUGAAGAUGCAGAAGUUUUCUUCGAUUAAAGCUAUGUUUUAUUCAGGGUUGUGCUGUUCUACAUCAGGGUAAUGGUAGUCGAAACAUAGAAGUCUUAAUUGACCAUCGUCUUAUCCUUCAAUAUUCCUUAGCGCCUCUUCAACAAUCACUUCGGGGAAUUCAUACUG